GUCAGUGACCCCCACCCCCCUUCUGGCAGAGCCGCCGCCAUGUGGAUCCAGGUACGCACCAUGGACGGGAAGGAGACCCGCCGCGUGGACUCGCUGUCGAAGCUCACCAAGGUGGAGGAGCUGCGGCUGCGGAUACACGAGGUGUUCGGUGUGGAGCCCGACCGCCAACGGCUCUUCUACCGCGGCAAGCAGAUGGAAGAUGGUCACUCCCUGUUUGACUACAGUGUUGGACUGAAUGAUAUUGUUCAACUACUAGUAAGACAAAGCCCUGCUAUGCUACCAGCUGUUAAUAAAGAAAAAGACUCCGAACUCUCAGAUACAGACUCUGGCUGUGGAUCAGGCCAAAGUGAGUCUGAUAAGAAUUCCAACAAUGGAGAAGGAGCAGUGGAGCUUGAGGGACAACCCAGUACAGCAGCACAAGCUGACUGGGCUGAUGCAGUAUUUGGCCUCUAUAAGGUGAACGACUUAGUAGAUGGUCGAGAUAUGAACAUGGGAGCAUGGUUUGAAGCCCAAAUUGUAAAUGUGACUAGGAAAAAGAAGACCUCAGAAGAAUCGAAUGACAGUUAUACAGAGUCUAAACUGCAAUCAUCAGUUCCUGAAGAAGAUAUUAUAUAUCACGUGAAAUACGAAGACUACCCAGAGAAUGGAGUUGUACAACUGAGUUCAAAAGAUGUACGUGCACGAGCACGGACAAUUUUGAAGUGGCACCAAGUAGAAGUUGGGCAGGUGGUGAUGGUGAACUAUAAUCCUGAUGAACCAAAAGAGAGAGGUUUUUGGUAUGAUGCAGAGAUACUGCGAAAACGGGAAACCAAAAUGAGCAAGGAGAUAUAUGCAAAGAUACUACUUGGGGAUGCUGGUGAUUCCUUGAAUGACUGCAGAAUUACUUUUGUGGAUGAAAUUUAUAAGAUAGAAGAACCUGGAAGCGCUAGUCCAGUUAGUGCCAGCCCAUUAAAAAGACAGAGUGGACCGGUGUGUAAAUAUUGUAAAGACAACCCAAACAAGACCUGCAGAAUGUGUGCCUGUUACGUGUGUGGAGGCAAACAGGAUCCUGACAAACAGCUAAUGUGUGAUGAGUGUGACAUGGCUUUCCACAUCUACUGCCUCAACCCUCCCCUCAGUAGCAUACCAGAUGAAGAGGAUUGGUAUUGUCCUGAAUGUCGCAAUGAUGCAAGUGAAGUGGUUUUAGCAGGAGAGAAGUUAAAAGAAAGUAAAAAGAAGGCAAAAAUGGCAUCGGCUAAUUCAUCCUCACGGAGAGACUGGGGCAAGGGUAUGGCAUGUGUGGGUCGCACAAGGGAAUGCACCAUUGUCCCCUCUAACCACUAUGGACCAAUUCCUGGUGUACCAGUGGGCACCAUGUGGAAGUUCAGAGUUCAGGUGAGCGAAUCUGGUGUUCACAGGCCUCAUGUAGCAGGCAUACAUGGCAGGAGCAAUGACGGUGCUUAUUCCCUGGUUCUGGCAGGCGGCUAUGAAGAUGAUAUAGACCAUGGCAAUUCCUUCACUUACACAGGGAGCGGAGGUCGUGAUCUUUCUGGGAACAAGCGUACAGCAGGGCAGUCUUGUGAUCAAAAACUUACCAACAUGAACAGAGCUCUAGCUCUGAAUUGCAGUGCCCCUAUCAAUGAUAAAGAUGGAGCAGAGGCCAAGGAUUGGCGAGCUGGGAAGCCAGUCAGGGUGGUGAGAAGUGUAAAGGGAGGCAAACACAGUAAAUAUGCCCCAGUAGAGGGAAACCGAUAUGAUGGAAUAUACAAGGUUGUGAAAUAUUGGCCUGAGACAGGAAAAUCUGGUUUUUUAGUGUGGCGUUAUCUACUCAGGAGAGAUGAUGAGGAGCCUGCCCCUUGGACUAAGGAAGGGAAGGACAGGAUGAAAAAGCUUGGUCUAACAAUGCAGUAUCCUGAAGGGUAUUUGGAAGCUGUUGCGAACAAAGAAAAGGAGAAAGAAAAUAAAAGCGGCGAUGAGUUUGAGACCCCAACAGGAAAGGGAAAGAGGAAAAGGAAAUCAACAGGGGGUGAAGCAGAACCCAUUGCUUCUCCGAAAGGGACCCCAAAGAAGACUAAAGUUGAACCAUACAAGCUGACGUCUCAGCAAAAGGCUCUCAUUAAAAAUGAUGAAGCCAAUGAAAAACUGUGGAAUGAAGUACUAGAAGCUCUCAAAGAUGGACCGAAAUUCCUGAAUAAAGUGGAGGAAGCUUUUCUAUGUAUUUGCUGCCAGGAGGUAGUAUUUCGACCAGUCACAACAGUGUGCCAGCACAAUGUCUGCAAGGAUUGUUUGGACCGAUCUUUCAAAGCAGAUGUGUAUAGUUGUCCAGCUUGUCGCUAUGAUCUUGGCAAAAACUAUACUAUGCAAGUGAAUGAAACACUGCAGACCCUCCUAACUCAGCUCUUUCCUGGCUACGGCAAUGGACGGUGAUUCUGUAAAGCACUUCUAUUUUUCUUUGUUCAGACUUGUUAACGGGUUUUCAAUGGGCUUAAUUUAAAUAUGUAGUCCCCCAUACCCUUUCCCUAAAAGUAAAGUCUUCCUUGUUAUAAAAUCGACAGACUUUGAGGGAUCUGCUUUUGUCUGUUUGUGGGUUUUAUUUUUCUUCAGUUUUUUUUUUUUCUUUUAAUGUUAGACUUUGAGUUCAGGUUUUUUCUGAAACCUGCUGUUCAUCAACAGAACUCUUUUUUUCCCUUGAAUAUUACAACAUGCUUCCGGUAAGGCUGCUAAUGAGCAUAAAAGUUCUCAAAGUUCCUUUUCUCCCCCCCCCCCCCUCCCCCUUUUUUUUUUAAUUCUGAAAAUGGCUUGGUUGCUAGAACAAUCUUUUGAAGUCUGUGGAUUUGGCCAUAAAUGCCUACCUUUUCUUGGCAGUAUUUUGAUGCUCAAUUUUUCUGAGAUGGUUCCUGGCUUAUGACCCGUUACCCAGGUUGUGAACGUCUUGGAUUUUUUUUAACCUAGUUUUCUUAUACUCUUAUCAAGUUAUUAAAAGCCAUUCCCAAUCAAUUUUGUGUACAAAAAGCCUUUUUUUGCAUUUAGCCACGUAGUUGGGGCAAUACGAAGUACUACCUCAGUUGGACUUGUCUCUAUUAGAGAACUAUUUGUUCAGCCAGGUGCUGUCUUCUAUCCAGAAUGCCAUCGUGGAAUAUAGUAAAGCCAUUCUUAAGUGCCUUCGGUCCUUUUUUUGAAAGACUGGGCUCUCUGAAUCGCCAUUUUUCUUUCUCUUUUUCCUUUCUUUUUUUUAAGCACUGAAAUGUUUAAACUGCCAUCUGCAUUUUAUUUUGGGGUUGAAAUAUAACACUGUAGCUGUAUCUCUUUAGCAUGGAACUGCAAACUUUCAGGUUUUUUCCUAAUGCUAGGUGUGUUAUGGUAACGUGAAUUUACUUUUGUUUCAUUGCAUUCUUGUCUGGAAACGGAGAACAACAUUGAACUUUUAUGAACUGUUUUGUGUGUUAUUCCCUCUUUCCGCUUCCCCCCCCCCUUUUUUUAUUGUAUGAGACCAGAAAGGCUUAAUUUCCAGCUCCUCCUCUUCCCCAACAGUACCAAAGUUUGCAGUUUAAUACCUCAAGAUGACAGGGAUGUUUUAAUCACACUUUUACUGCAGACAGACGGGAACAAAUGUACUUGUAUUUUUUUUUAACUCUCACCCUUUUUAAAAAUUAUAAUGUUAAUAUUUUAGGGGCAGAAAAAACUUUUAUAGGCUUUUUUGCUGAAUUUGUCAAUUUUUUGUACAAUGUGCAAGUCAAAGUUCUCAAAAUAAAUAUCUGUUCAGAUUAAA